UUUUUCAUUUUCUCUCAUUCUGCCUUUGUUUGUCGCAUAACAGAUGACGUCAGAACAAUUUGAUGGGAAUUUUUGCCCGACCACUUGCCAAUUGAAAUGCUUGGUUUUUCGUUUGACGUCCUCGGCUGAACUCUUUGCUCUGCGAUUGCUUUGUUUUAACAAGGAGACGUCUCGCGUUUUUAUUCAUGUUUACCUUGUCAUUCAACGCGAAAGAACUUUGUUUACGGUUUCGAAGUCACAAGAGGUUACUCCGGGCUGUAGCGUUUUAGUUACCAUAUUUUAAGUAAGAUAUUCAUUGUUUGACCUGACUUCGUGAUCGAUGCUAAAAUCUGGAAGAGAAGCGAAAAAAGAGGCAAUAGAUCUUGCUUCCAAUAAAAUCUUGAUUCGAUUCAAGAAAAUUAGGCUUUUCCUAAGCUCUGAACAAUACGCGACGGCAGCAGGUUGCAUCCUCUCGACAUCAUGUAUGUCUCAUUUGCUGCUUUUUAAACGCAAAUCAAGCGUUAUGAAAUUUCGUCGUGUAUUGUAAGUUUUUACAUAGUUUUAUUAAACGUUUAACUCUCACUUAGUUGUAGUCGGCAGGAUGCCUCGCACAAUAGGAAGUGUCACAAACCUUGUAUCGAGUGAUUGUUUUUUCAUGCUCGCUCGUGAUUGGUUCGUUGGCUGCCUAAAAAUGGCUAUAAGCCGGGCGACUUGUAAGAAACGUGUGCCCACGAAACCAUUAGUUAGAUUUAAAGCCUUUCACGAGCUUCAAGUCUCCCGAAGGAAAAUCUUAAUCGUUAACAGAUGGAGAGCCCGAUCUCAUUCCGUGAAAGCCAGACACAAAUCACAAGCCAGUUUCAUUACGCCUCGGCGGAGCAUCAUGACAAGAACUUGAAACGAAAGCGAAGGAGGAAAUCCCCAACGCAGCAAAUCGCGCAACGACAUGCUGCAAACCUGCGCGAGCGGAAACGCAUGCAGAGCAUAAACGAAGCGUUCGAGGGACUUCGGCAUCACAUACCGACUCUACCUUACGAGAAGAGACUUUCUAAAGUCGACACAUUGCGGCUUGCUAUCGGUUAUAUUGGUUUUCUCACGGAAAUGAUCAGUUCGGACAUGAGCCACAGCCAAGCACUACAGCCAACAUCUUCAGAACAACCGCGAAAAGUCAUGAUCUGCCAUAGGGGCUUCGGUACUCAAGAAUACGGUCUUCCUCCAUUAACAGGGCAUUCCUUAUCAUGGACAGACUCGAAGAAGCCAAAAUUACCCUCCAGUAUAAUGAAGGCAAAAAUCUGGACCCCCGAAGACCCUAGAAUUCAUAACAAUUCAAUGUAUCCCUCGCCAUUGUAAGUUUAAGGAAAUGUUGUUCAAUUAAACUGUACGUCAAAGCAGGGAAAAA